ACUCGUCAUACAGGCGCGUAAUCAACCGAUUACACUUGUGCGUGUGAAACAGUUUUGUUAAAAAGCGCCUUAGUUUCGUGCAGUAAUACAACGCAAAUCGCUUUAGGAAAAUGGAAGUAGCUCAACGCAUAGGACAAACUAUAUCGUUUGAAACUUGCCAAGAAGAAUGGAAUGCCUUGGCCGGGGACUAUGAAAAAUGUUUGGAGAAAAAUAAAGAGUAUAGAAAAACUGCAGAAAGUUACCAUUCUCAACGAAAUGCAUGUAAAUCGCAGAUAGAUCGACAAAUGAAAAAACUAAAAAUCUUAAAAGAAUCUUUAAAAAAAACUUCUUCUAGCAACGAAAAGAAAGAGCUGCUUGAUAAAAUUGAAGAAAGAAAACGCUCGCUGGAUGAAAUGGGAAAAUUUCUACCUCGUAAAAAUGGGUUCUACCUCCGAUUAAUCGUUGGUCAAGUGAAUAUGAUAUUGGACAGUACAGCUGAUAAAUUUCGUUACAAGGAUGAAUAUGAGAAAUUCAAACUUUACUGCAGUAUUACAACUCUCGGAUUUGCAGUUGCUCUUGUAUUCUUCCUAAACCACCGUGUAUUUGAUGCGAUGUUCUCAUUUGUUUUGCUGUGGUAUUACUGCACUCUUACUGUCAGAGAGAGUAUUCUGAUAGUAAAUGGUUCCAGAAUAAAAGGCUGGUGGGUCAUGCAUCAUUAUGUAUCUGUUGCUCUCAGUGGUACAAAUGUUAUUUGGGGUGACAAUGAGGCAUACAGAGAAUUCCGGCCAGUUUUAAUGACUUUCUCUAUUUAUCAAAGCUUGGUACAGGUGAUGCAGUAUUAUUACCAGAGUGGUUGCCUAUACAGACUGAGAGCUUUGGGUGAAAGACAUGAUAUGGACUUGACUGUUGAGGGUUUUCAGUCUUGGAUGUGGAGAGGUCUUACAUUUCUUCUUCCAUUCUUGUUCUUUGGGCAUCUGUGGCAGUUGUACAAUGCAUACAAGUUGAUGACUAUAGGAAUUAAAUACAACUUCAAUGAAUGGCAAGUCCCUGCUCUGGCCCUUCUUUUCUUUACUCUCUUUUGUGGCAACUUCUUCACUACAAUUAACGUGGUGAUACAAAAACAAAAGAAGAGAAUUAAAACAAAAGAGCAAUAAGUUACUUAUUUGAGUAAGAAAAUGCAAUAUAUUUUCUGUUUUACAUACACUUUUCUGUGCAUGUUCUAACGCUUUUGUCAAUUCUUAUCAGGUUUACAAUUUUAACCACUGCUGACAUUAGGAAUCUUAAUUUACACAACGUAUUUUUUCAUCUAAAUCCCGUUUUCUUGGAAAUUUAUAUAAAGGCCGUCUGCAGCAUUUUGUAAUUUAGCAUAGAGCGCUAUUGUAAACGCAGGGUAAACUAAUCGUUGCACUUUUAACAUAUUGUGAAAACAUCUGUAUUCCUGUAUCAUCUUGCCCACAAUCAUAUAAUUUUGAUCAAAAUAAUUAUAAACUAGUUUUUCUGUAACUAACAAAUAUAUAGUACUUAGUUA